AUGGGGUGCAAUUUAACCGAACUUACGAAAAAUUAUGAACAACUUUUUAAAAGUAAAGAGAAUUAUGACGUUAUUAUACAAGUGGGAGAAGAACCAAAUGUACAAGAAAUUUACGCUCAUUCCAUAAUUCUCUGCCGUCAAUCAAAUUAUUUUCGUUCUAAUUUAAAGGAAAAGAAGGACGGAAAGUUCAUUUUUAAUAUAUCUAAUAUUUCACCCAAAAUUUUAGAAAAUAUCUUCAGAUUUUUAUAUUGUGGUAAGAUUGAUUUAAGUGUUGAAUCUUUAGAUAUUUUGACAUUAUUAUUAACGGCAGCAAAUGAAUUUGAAUUGGAAUCACUUGUUAAGCAUAUUCAAGAAUUUUUAAUCAUUAAAUUUCUUGAUAAUACUUUUAAUUGUGAGAAUUUUGAGCCUAUACAAAAUUAUUGUUUACAAAUAAUUUGUGAAACUCCAGAAUUAUUGUUUGGAAAAAAUACCUUUUUAAGAUUAUCAUCCCAAAUGAUUGAACUCAUUCUCAAAGAAAAAAUUAAAUUAGAUGAAAGUGAAAUUUGGAGUAACUUUAUUAGAUGGUCAUGCGCUCAAAAUCCUAAUGUUAAUCAAGAUCCUGAGAAAUGGACCAAUGAUGAUAUUGAA